AUGGAUAACAGGAUAAACAGCGGAGAAGAUGCAUAUAUGAGCCCUAGCUUCAACAGCUAUUCAUCCGAUCGAUUAGCCGAAAUCGCCGUGCAAAUCGCCGUGGAGAAGAUCGGAGACGACAACGAAGAAGACGACGAAGAUUUCGAAUUCUCUCUGGUGCGCGAGGAUAAUGAGUUAUCGGCGGAGGAUUUCGUCUACGACGGCCAGCUUGGCCCGAUUUUUCCAGUUUUCAACCGCGAUCUGUUGCUGAGCGACGGCGGCGGAGACGAUCAGCGCGAUUCGAGUGUUCAAGUUCCUCUGAGUCAGCUCCUUCUCGAAGAUCGCCGAGGCGGAGACGAUAAUCCUCCGUCGUGCUCUUCGUCGGAGGCCGACGAGCUGGAGAGCGUUCCGGCCGGCACGUACUGCGUCUGGAGGCCGAAGGCGUGCGAUCUGCCGUCGCCGAGCCGGUGUAAGAAGAGCAAAUCCACCGGAUCGGCGUCGAAUCGGUGGAAGUUUCGCGAUUUGAUGCGGCGGAGCAAUAGCGACGGGAAGGACAGUUUGGUCUUUUUGACGCCGAAGAACAGGGAGGGGAAAUUGCCGGCGGAAUUUCCGAAAAAAAUGAAAGGAAAAGGAGGCAGCGGCUCAAGCUCGACCUCCGGCGCGGCGGCGCGUUCGGCGCACGAGGCUCUCUAUGUGAGAAACAGAGCGAUGAACGAAGUUGAUAGGAAGAAAUCGUAUCUACCUUACCGGCAAGAUCUCGUUGGAUUCUUCAUAAACGUCAAUGCUCUGGGUAAAGGUUUGCCACACUUCUAG